AUGGCAGCAGCGGAAGCUCAGAAGCUCCUGGAGGCGAGCACGAAGAUCAUCGGUGUCAGUACCACCUACAUGGUCCAUGUCAAGGAUCCCGGCAACGUUCCCAAGGUGCCCACCCUGUUCCUGAAGCCUACGUCGUCGUUCCUCCACGCUGGAACGGCCAACGCUUCCAUCGAGGUGCCCGAGCCGCUGGAGACUCUGCGCCAUGAGGCUGAGUUUGCCAUCGUCAUCUCCAGACGAGCGCGCGACGUCCCAGAAGCAUCUGCCAUGGACUACGUUGGAGGUAACCAAGAAAUGCUUUUGCAACCACCAACGACUGCUCUCUGA